AUGAGUGCUUCACGUGCGCUAUUCGCUGUUGCGCGGGCAUCACGGACCGCCGCAACAGCCCACGCAAGGAAGCCAAUACAAGGCUCGCCGCUGCUGUUUGCAAGUCCACCAUCCAUUCACAGUACUCGUACGAUCCACCAGCCGUCGCCACGAAAAGCCCAGCAGGCCACAGCGACCCCAGAUGCUGAGCCUGUCGAGUCGACGAACCCAGGACUGUCGUUUCCAUGCCUGGACGCUUAUGAAUCUCGCUCCGAGUCCCUCUCAAAACGAUCGCUUUCCGGGCCCGAGCCCUCGUAUACGUCGGGACACACGCUCAAUUUCCACUCGCGGCAGCCUAUCCUGCUCGACUGGGGCGGCAUUCUACCCGAAUUCAACAUUGCCUACGAAACAUGGGGUGACUUGAAUGCAGACAAGAGCAAUGCCAUCCUCCUGCACACUGGUUUGUCGGCGUCCAGCCACGCCCACAGCACUGGAACAAACCCAAAGCCAGGGUGGUGGGAGAAGUUCAUUGGGCCUGGGAAACCGCUGGAUACCGACAAAUACCACGUCAUCUGUACCAACGUGAUCGGGGGCUGCUAUGGCUCGACAGGACCGUCAUCAAAGGAUCCAGCCAAUGGCGAGCGGUACGCAACCCGAUUUCCCAUCCUCACAAUGGAGGACAUGGUGCGCGCGCAGUUUCGGCUUCUGGACCAUCUGGGCAUCCAAAAGCUCUACGCAAGUGUUGGCUCGAGUAUGGGAGGCAUGCAGAGUCUGGCAGCGGGCACUCUGUUCCCAGAGCGCGUAGGUCGGAUCGUCAGUAUAAGCGGCUGCGCACGAAGCCACCCCUACAGCAUCGCCAUGCGACACACCCAACGACAAGUCCUCAUGAUGGACCCCAACUGGUCCCGCGGCUUCUACUACGAUUCUAUCCCUCCCCACGGCGGCAUGAAACUUGCCCGCGAAAUCGCAACCGUCACCUACCGCAGCGGCCCCGAAUGGGAACAACGCUUCGGCCGGCGCCGGGCAGACGCCUCGCGCCCCCCCGCGCUCUGCCCAGACUUCCUCAUCGAAACCUACCUCGACCACGCGGGCGAGAAAUGGUGCCUGGAAUACGACGCCAACAGCCUCCUCUACGUCUCCAAAGCAAUGGACCUCUUCGACCUCGGCCUCGCCCACCGCGAACAAAUCUCAACACUCCGCAAACAAAACGCACACAAACUCCAAACCUACCUCGACGGAUCCGCCCAACCCCCAGACUCCUCAGACUCCCUCGCCUGCUCCCUCACCCUCCCAGAGAGCCCGUAUGAGGAAAAGGAUGAACGGGCCGACUUUGAUCCCGCUCACAUCUCCACCGAUCCUCCACCAGACUUGGUCGCCGGUCUACGCCCCUUGGCGAAUACGCCCGCCCUCGUCCUGGGCGUCGCAAGCGAUAUCUUGUUUCCGGCGUGGCAGCAGCGUGAAAUUGCGGAUACGCUGCGCAAGGCGGGGAAUUCUCGGGUUCAGCAUGUGGAGCUGGGUGAGGAGAAGAGUCUGUUUGGGCAUGAUACGUUCUUGUUGGAUUUGGAGGGUGUUGGGGGGGCCGUGAGGCGGUUUUUGGGUUGA